AUGUCGCGCCCCGAAGAUGUCCUUCCGCCAGAUCUUUUCUACAAUGACAAUGAGUCACGCAAAUAUACCACUUCUUCCCGCAUCCGGAAUAUCCAGGCCGAUAUGACAUACCGCGCCCUUGAACUACUCGAUCUAAAGUCGCCGUCACUGAUCCUCGAUGUCGGAUGUGGCUCCGGACUUUCUGGUGAGAUUCUAUCUCAGGAAGCUCCGGAGAAUGGAGGUCCACACACGUGGGUGGGUAUGGAUAUCUCACCGAGCAUGCUGGAUGUCGCCCUUCAGCGUGAUGUGGAGGGUGACCUCUUCCUGGCGGAUAUCGGACAAGGCAUUCCAUUUCGACCGGGUUCGUUUGAUGCGGCGAUCAGUAUCAGUGCCAUUCAAUGGCUGUGCAAUGCGGAAACCAGCGAUGUUAGCCCUGAGGGUAGGCUCAAGCGUUUCUUUGAGGGUCUCUACGCCAGCCUUCGUCGUGGAGGAAGAGCCGUCUGCCAAUUUUACCCCAAGAAUGACACCCAGCGAAGCAUGAUCAGCGGAGCAGCGAUCAAGGCCGGGUUUGGUGCCGGUAUGCUCGAGGAUGACCCCGGUACGAAGAACAGCAAAUUGUACUUGGUUCUCACAGUCGGUGGCGGUGGUCUUCAAGGAGAUAUCACAGGUGUUGUUAACGGCAUGGACGAUGUAAAUGUCCUGGACGCAAGGAGGAAGGCUAUGGAAGUGAAUAGUGCCCGAGGUGGGCCUCGAAAGGGCGACAAGGCGUGGAUCAUUAAGAAGAAGGAACAGCAAGAAAAAAAAGGGAAAGUGGUGAAGCACAAUUCCAAGUACACUGGUCGAAAGAGACGAGUGGCUUUCUGA